AGCAGCAGAAAUCAGGAGUAGACGCUGCAAUAGCUGCUUAAGUUAAACAGACCUCAAAGGUCUUUACAUGUUAAAGGGAACAAGAGCAAUAACAAUGAUAACAUUAUGGAUAAAGAAAAGAUGAAGCUGUUUUUGUUGAUUCUCCUCUGCUGUGGCUCAUUCGCAGUGAAACACUCGCUGAAGUAUUUUGUCACUGGAUCCUCUGGAGCUCCAAACAUCCCAGAACUUUUUGGUGUGUUGAUGGUUGAUGGCAUUCAGGUGGGUUACUGUGACGUGAGCAAGAAGAUAUUGGAACCAAGACAGGAGUGGGCGAAGAACAUUUUAGAAAAACACCCUGAGCAACUGGGCUGGUACAAGAGCAAGUGUUUUGAGGAGCAGCCAAACUUCUUCAGAGAGCUGAUUUCCAGUUUGAAACAGCAGUUCAAUCGAAGUGAAGGUGUCCACAUUUUACAAAGGAUAGAUGGCUGUGAAUGGGAUGAAACCACUGGGGAGGUUAUUGGUAUAAUACAGUAUCAUUAUAACGGAGAAGACUUCCUUGAAUUUGAUCUGAAGAAACAGACAUGGAUCGCACUGAAACCAGAGGCUGACGUUACCAAACAGAAAUGGGAUACGGACCAACCUGGAAUAAAACACAAAGAAAAUGACCUCAAAAACAUUUGUCCAAAUUAUCUGAAGCUGUAUGUGGAGUAUGAGAAAAGAUUCCCACAGACAAAAGUUCUUCCCUCAGUGUCUCUCCUCCAGAAGACUCCCUCCUCUCCAGUCAGCUGCCACGCUACAGGUUUCUAUCCUGACAGAGCCGUGAUGUUCUGGAGGAAAGAUGGAGAGGAACUUCAUGAAGGUGUGGAGAUAGGAGAGAUCCUCCCCAAUAAUGAUGGAACCUUCCAGCUGAGUGUUAACUUGAAUGUUUCAUCAGUCACACCUGAAGACUGGAGAAGAUACGAGUGUGUGUUUCAGCUCUCUGAUGUUGAGAACAACAGUGUCAACACACUGAAUAAAACAGUGAUCAGAACCAAUGAAUCUAAAAGAAAUUCGGGAGAGUCGCACUUUGACAAGGCAACCCCCAUCGUUGUUGCAGUGGGUGCUGUUCUUAUGCUCAUUGUGUUGGUUUGAUUGGUUGUUUAUGGUGGAGAGAGUGGUGUGAUGACAACAAAGAAGCAGUAACAAGAGGCUACUGAGACUUAUUCAUUAUUGCAUUAUUUCUGCAGUGCGGUGUAUGUUAGACGAAUAUUUCUUUUUUUUUUUUUUUUAGAAAAUUAUUUGAUAUUUGAUUGUCAGACAUUUUUAACUGUAAAACUGUCCCUUUGAUCUUACAUGCACUCUGGUACAAUAUUGAAACUUUUUUUUUUAGUCCAGUCUUUUUAGGAUUGUUAUUUUUUUAAAGCUUCAACGUCAAACAAACCCCCAGAAACUGUAUCAAGAUCCAUACACACAACAAACCUUACAUAGUGUUACAUGCUACAGUUGAACAAGAGCAGAUGAGAUUUGUUUUACUUUUUAAUAGUUCUUUUCUGUGAACUUGAGUUUUUAUCAAAUUUGAUUUUUCUUCAUCUUGUUGUCUACUAAUCUAAUGAUUGUUCAGUAAUUAAAAUAAAGUGAAGUCCA